GUAGAUAUAACUUCCCGCCAGGACCGAAUGUCCAGGGCAUGUCUGGUUCAAUCCGACAUCGAACCACUCAUGAAUCUCUCCAAUCUUCCAACUCCACACCCCUCGCUCCCCGUAAACCUAAUCCCCAAACUUCCAAUUCGUCAUCUAACAGCUCCAAUCAUCGGCCGAAGCUUCGCAAUCCCUAAGCUUCUGCUUCAUGGGACUCCGGCCGCGAAAAGGGUUAGAGCCACAGUCGACGGAGACGGAGGAAAAACCGGAAAUUGGGUGAACCGGUUACCGAUUCCGGGACUCGGAGCCGAGAAUGUGUUCAGAUUGAUUUCGAGCGCGACGGGAAGUCCAAUCGGUCAGUUCAUAUCGUCCCCUGUGACGUUCUUGCACUCGGUGGAUCCUAGAAUCAAACUGGUAUGGCUAUUAACUCUAGUAGUUCUUCCAGCAAGAGCAAAUAUCGUUGUGCGUUUGGGACUUGUUGUAUGUACAGCUCUUUUGUCAAUCUCUGUUCUCCCAAGACAAGUUUGGAUGGAUCAAUUGGCGAGAGUUUCACUCCUUUCGGGCAUCCUCUUCAUAACCUUGGGUCUAGGCUCAGAUGGUGCACCCCCAAUGCUCCAAUCAAGAACCCCACCAUCUUCACUCACAGGCUUGCCUGAUCUUCCCAUGUCUUUGACCGGUUAUUCAUACAUGUUGCUCAAGCUCGGACCUUUACAGUUCACUAGGAAAGGCUUAUCUGUUGGAAGCACAGCUGCAUGCUUAACCUUCAUCAUCUUCCAAAGUGCUAGCAUCUGCCUUGCAACCACAACACCGGAGCAACUUGCGCUAGCUAUGCGUUGGUUCUUGUUCCCGUUGACAUAUAUAGGUGUCCCUGUUGGUGAAAUCAUCCUCACGCUUCUGCUUUCACUUAGAUUCAUUAAUUUGGUUUUUGAUGAGGUCCGAAGUGUUGCGCUUGGAAUUGUAUCUCGAAGAGUAGACUGGAAGCAGCUUACUGUUCUUGAGACACUUGAUAUUUUUGCUUCUUUCAUACGCCGGAUCUUCAAGAAUAUAUUCCGCCAUGCCGAGCAAAUAUCUCAGGCUAUGAUUGUUAGAGGCUUUAGAGGAGAGAGCAGUAGCCACAAGAUCUACUUCUUCUCAGGCUCAUCAAAUAAGUUUGCAGAUUUUGCGUCAGUUUUGGGUUUAAUAGGUGUAAUCUCAACCGCACUCUUGUCCGAAUACUUCUUUGUAUAAAUAUUUUCACUGAUUUUUUCGGUUUAAUAUAUUUUUUAAAGAACAUUAAA